AGGUAAUUCCUAAUUCAUUCAUUAACAUAUAUUGGUAAAUUAUUCAGUGGAUGCGAGUGAAGCCAGUGAAAGAUGACGUCAUUCAAGAGCAUUUCACAGCAUUCAAGAAAUGAGAGCGGAUUCUCCAAACUUCUGCGAUUUGUUCCUGACAUAAUAGUAAAAGAAGUGGAAAACUUGAAGCAUUACCCACAUUUCAUUGAGUAUUCAGGAGCCAUGACACUCAUGGAUAUUUCUGGCAGCAAACUUUUAAUUUCUGAAACAGGAUUCACAGCAUUGACUGACGAGUUCACGCAAGGACAUCUCCAUCAAGGAGGAACAAGUUCAUUGUCUGGACUUCUCAACGAAUAUUUACGCAAGAUUCUAGGGAUUGUGUUUGCACAUGAAGGCGAUGUUACAAAUUUUGCU